AACCUAAGAUGGAUGGCUCCAGAAGUGUUCACACAGUGUGGUCGAUAUGAUCGAAAAGCUGACGUAUUCAGUUAUGCCCUUUGUGUCUGGGAAAUCCAUGCCGCCGAACUGCCAUUUGCACAUUUGAAACCAGCUGCUGCAGCAGCCGAAAUGGCUUAUAAACGGGGUAAUAAGCUGUGCAGUGAUUGGAAUUCGAAUAAGAAUACAAAACAGCACAUAUUUCCAAGACCACCAGUCCCUUCUCACCCAACUGUGCAAUUUCCUGCACAUGUNUCUGCAUGGCAACAUGAACCGAACUCACGUCCAGACUUUGCCGAUAUCCUACCGAACAUUGAGAAGUUUGCUACUCCGAAAAGUGCCACUUCAGAUGGACCUGUGUUAUCGAGUGCUACGAAUGAGACGAGUGCUUCAUCUUCAUCUGUUUCAGUGCUCAAAAGUCAUUGGGAAAGCAAAAAUACGUCAACACCAGCAGUAAGUUCUCAGUGCACAGUACAAUCAUCAUCAAGAACCGUCGAUGAACUUCGUCAGCGCCUAGAUCGUAACGGUUACGUUUCGCAGUCCACUCGAAUGGUCAAUGAUGCUAUCAAUAAACUGCAGCAGUCAUGGUCUCAAAGCAGCAAUUUAUCGUCUGACAACUAA